CUUAACUCAGAGUCACUGUUGCCAGCACAGUAGAAGACAUGGUGUCAGUCAAAGCUACAGUGACAGUGAUCACGCUCCUUACCAUUUGUCUGCUAGCAACAAACACAUCUGCAGCACAUUAUGAAUGCUGUCGAAGAUAUAUGACAAUCAAAAUACCUUUUGUGUCAAUCAAGGGGUACUCAGUACAGACUGUCGCGGAGCUGUGUCCCAUCAAUGCCAUCAUUUUCCACACAAAGAAGGGUAAAGCAUGCACCAACCCUGCUUUGAACUGGGUGAUGGACUACAUCAACCGUUUAAAGACUAAAGCACAAAUGGUUCAUAUCAAGACCUCAAAAGCACAGAUAUAGACCUCAAGGAUGAAGACGACUUUUCAAGGCGAGAUGGCAGAGCCCAGCUCCAGCCAAUGGCUGUUAUCCAGUAAC